CACAAUAAUCAAAAUAAUUCGAAAUCAGCCAUCAUCAUUCGAAAAUUCGAAUAUACGAAAAAAACAAACAUGGCUGUCCUUUUCUCCUUUCGCAAGCAAGUACACCAUCAGAGAAACGUCAGCUCAGCUUUGAUUAGCUUUUUUUUUUCUGAUUACCAACUCUCGGAAUUAUAAAGAAAGAAAAAAACCUCUUCUCGACUUCCAUCAAGAAAAAAAAAAAAAGUGAUUUUUCUAUUCGUUGUUUAUAUAAUUUCAUAUAAAUUUUUAUACAAAUACAAAUCCGAAUAAAGUGAAAUAAAACAAUAAACUUCGAAACAAUCGAAAAACCGAAUCCAUAAAAACAGAAAAAAAACACACAGAAAAAAAAUUAUAAUGGACCAUAAAAAAUCACCAGUGCGACGACAAAAAAGACAAUCGAAGGCGAUCGAAGACAAUUUUUGGGACUGCAGUGUUUGUACUUAUAAAAACACAGCUGAAGCAUUCAAAUGCCGAAUGUGUGACGUACGUAAAGUAUUAAACUCAUUCGGCCUUCUUGCAGGCACAUCAACACGGAAACCCCGUCUCAACUCAGCCCUCGUAGCUCAACAAGCUGCCACUCUACCUGGAGCCUCAGGUGCAAUGCCAAAUGGCACCAAACCAGCCUCCACAUCCAAAUCAUCUGGGCAUGAUAGAAAUAAAAAUAAAAAAUAUCCUGCCCGUUUGAAAAACGUCGAUCGUUCGACAGCACAAACACGUGAAGUAACUGUUAAUUCCGUCACUGUGUUCAUAACCGAAUACAAACCGAAGACAUUAGCUACUCGAAGAGAAUCGAGUGAACAAAGUUUCAGCGAAAGUAAUGAUUCCCGUAGUUAAAUAGAAAAAAAGAAAACAAAAAACUUCAACAUCAUACAACAGCAACCCGAUCAAUGUUGGAAAUAUAACAAUUUGAUUUUGAGGAUGAAUAAUAAUAAAUGAAAGGCCUGUAAGCAUUUAUAAAAAUUGGUAAAUAUAUAUAAAAUUAAGUUUCCUAUUUUAAUUUGUAAAAAAUACAUAUUUUAACAUUUUUUUUUUUUAAUACUGAAAUCACAUUUACUGAUGCGAAGAGAAUUUGACAAGAGUGCAAUCGAAUAUUAUUCAAUACUAUGUAAAAACUUAAAAUAGUAAGUCUAGACUGCCCAUUUAAUGUCGUUAAAAGGUUAUAAAUUAAAAUUCUUAAAAUUAAUUAAUUUUAUGUACAAAAUUCAUUCACAUUUUAUUUUGAGUUCUUAACAGUAGCUUGACUUGCUAGAUUUUAGAAACACCCUUUUUUUGUCAAAAUAGUUUUUUUUUUUUUAGUCAAAUUGAUCAUUUUUCUUUUAAAGAAUCGUCGUUUUAAGAAUAAUAAGGAUCGAAUUUAUUAGUGGAGAUUCGGUGUUCUGGGAUGACUUCUUGAAAGGCUUUGGGAAGCAAAUUCUUCGAAACGCUAGACUUAAGUUUUUAAUUUUUAUUCAAGUUCUAUAUUAUCAGAAUGAUUUAAAAAGAACAAAAUUGUGGAAACAUAUAAACAUUGUGGAUUUGGGCCUCAACCAACAAGCUUCUUAGCCAGCGUGUUUCACCUUAGACGAGGUUUACCCGUACAUUUCGUUGUUGAACAUUCUUCUCCAAUCAUCAAUGUUGACGGGACCAAAAAUCGCUCGAAGAAUUUUUCUAUUGUAACUAACCAAAAAGUUUUCAUUUACCUUCGUCAAAGUCCAUGCCUCUGCACCAUUUAGCAGGAAUGAUAAGAAUCUUGUCUUGUAGAGGGGCACUUUAGUUGCUCGAGAGAGUGCUUUGCUGAUCAAUUGCCUUUUUAAACCAAAAUAGCGGUUGGCAAGAGCAAUCCUUCGUAUUAUUUUAGCGCUAGUGUUGCUGUCUGUUUAAAUAGCAGAGCCUAAGUAGACGAAGUCCACCUUGAUUUUAUGGCUGCUCAUAGUGAAAAUUUGUCGAACACGUCGGUGCUGUUGAGUGUCAUUUUUGGGGACGUCACCAUAUGCUUGGUAUUGUCCUCAUUGAACUAUAAACGCUUCCACUUCGAGGCUUACAAAAGCGCCACUAACAUCACGCUGUAUUCUUACGAUUAUGGCAAUAUAAUGGGAAUAUGGAAGCAGUUGAACGUUUAUUUUGAAUAAAAAUGAAGCAACAAAAUCUUCUACUGAAUCAAAGCGUUUUGGAAAUAGUUUCGAAUUAUACUAGACCUUUUAUUAAUAAAGGCAAGGUUUUAUAAGAAAAAGAUAUAGACGUCUUUUUGCCUUUUCUUUUAAAGCUUCUUGGUAAACCGAAUAAAGUUUCCUCUAAGGACAUAGAAUUGAAAAUCUAAAGAUUUUCAUCCUCCAACUAACGCAACUUUCUAAACCGAAGUAACAGUAGUUUUCUAAAGUAAUUGGGCUCAAGGUCUCCAAUACCAUGUCAUUCCUGGAUCUGCCUAUUUCCUUUUUUGUGUAAGACACUAUUUAAAACAAAUUUUAUCAGCAGACUUUCAAAGGUAAAGGUUCCUUCCACAGGACUAUUUCGUAAACUUAGUCGUCCAGAUUUCGUAUCAACUGCUCAGGAGUAGAAAACUCGUUUUCAAUACUCUAAAUGCGGUUCAAUUCGUGCACCGUGAAAUGUAGGAAACGAACUACCAAACAAUUCUUACUUGCUUACAUACUAAAAAUUCGACGUGCAUUUAGGUCUAUAUUGAUUGAUAUCUCAAAAGACGAUAUUAAUUAUUUUCGUUUUCCUAAUUUUAA